CGCCCAGCCAUCACUCCAAGAAAAGGCUGGUGGACCUGAAAAUCAGCAAACCGCGUGAGGGAAGCUUUUGAACCACCGCCCUAUCUUAUAUUGCGGAAAAUAUGCGGGGCACAUUCCGAGUCGACUUCCUUGGUAAGCACUUUCGAUCUCUCUGCGUUCCAUCUCAUUCAGAAUGCAACAGCGUAACGAGCAGAUGAAAGGAAGAUGAUCCUUUCCGUUUCUCUCCAGAGACAAUAUCAGCGCACCGUUGGUGAUCCCUCCAAACCUCCAUCUCUUGGACCUCGCGCUCGAGUUCGGAUAUUGACCGUGGUUUCCACCCAUAGUCGAACCGGAGUCCGGUGUAGAUCAGAUAUGACAACCGUUUUUGCACCGAUUUGGAAUGCCAGUUGGGAUACCGAGUUCGUCGUCCAAACCACCAUCCAGACUCCUUGCCAUACGGGGUACCCAGAACUUGCUAGGCAAUUAAAGAAUGGGUUGCAACCGCAACUCUGCCUGGCGGGUAUCUCUGGGGUCCGUAUCCGAUCUCGUUUCAAGUGAACCUCAGCGAAGUGGAUUUAUCCGACGGCGGUCACUCCACCCGGGUGCGGUAUUAUUUGGCGGAUUCCCUGGAAAUUUAGCCCAUAUUCUCCCACGACGAGAUGCCGGGUUACGAUGAAAUGUUAAGAAGAUCUAUGGGAGGUAUAUCUCCUAAAUAAUGACGACUGUUCUCCUACCAAGCCAGCCGAACAAGAUUACCGUUCCUGGUGUGACCUGGAGUUUAUCGUUGAAUUUGCAAGGCAAGGCAAGGCUGCACCCCCAAGCUCCUUGCGAGUUAUUUAUAGUCUUGUUCCCUUGGAGGUUUCCUUUCCCGCUUUGAUUGCGAUAGAACGAGCACCAGGCCGCAACCAAGAAACUUUUGGUGAUCUAUCAUCCCAUAAGAGACGCCAGGCUCGGUUUGGCUUUCUUAAAACAAUUUCGUACGUAUUUUAUUUAUUUUUUCUUUUUUGGCCUAGCAAGUAAGAAUUGCAAGCAAACUGGAGGUCCUAUGGCACCGUGAUUUGUUUCUUCAAACUUCCUACCUAGUCCUUCUGGGAGCGCGACCAGCAUUCAUGAUAGCUAAAUGCAUACAGUAUUGCAAGUGAUGGUGAACUUCAUGGAUUCGAUGCUAAAUUGAUUUCUCUGA